GUAUCUUUGGUGACGGUCGGUAGUAUUUGUUUACAUUUGUGCGUUGUUUGUGUGAACCGGCAAGUCUUAAAUAUAAGCAAUGCCGUUUAUGAAAGGGCGAGCACCUAUAAGGAGGACUCUGAAGUAUCUUGAAGCAGGAAAACUUAUUUUCAAACCCAGAGUAAAGAUAUUUACGGUUAAUUACAACACAUCUGGUGAUCAUCAUCAGGGAGCAAGGGACUUUGUAUUUUGGUACCUUCCUCAAAUUCAGUACAAAAAUCCAGAUGUCCAAGUUGCAACAUUCAAGAACAUGACACCAUCACCUUUUAUAAGAUGUUUCUUUGAUGAUGGAGAACAAAUGUUAAUUGAUAUUGACAGUAAAACCAAGGAGCAAGUACAUAAUCAUGUGCAAAAAGUAAUAUGUAAACCAGAGAGUGUUUUGGCUGCAGAAUUAACAGCCAAGGAGAAGAAAGACAAUCCUGCAAAUUUUGGUUUUGGCUGUGAAAAGCAUUGCAUAUGUGAAAUCCUUGGACAGGUUCCAUGCCCUGGUGUAGUUCCAUUGCCAAAAGAAUGGAGAGGGAAAUACAAAUAUAAAAAAGAAUAAAAUCUCCAUACUUGUAAAGACCUCAUGCUAAUCGAUGUAUUUGUUGUUGUGUAUAAAUAAAUGUUUGGACAGUACCAAAUUAUA